UGGUUGGGUGCUCCCUCCUGCCAGCGAGGCAGCUACGCCUUCUACAAGUCGGUGAGCAGCCGCGCUGAGCCCGAUGGUCCGGCUCAGGUGUGGCGUCUCGGGGAGUUUUACUUCAUCCGCUGUGGACCGCAGGACCCUGUGUGCAUCGCUGAGGUGACCUUGCUGUGGGAAGACCAGACACGGCGCCACCUGCUGGCCAGCGCCAGACUCUACUUCCUGCCUGAGGACACGCCGAGGGGUCGGACCAGGGAGCACGGAGAGGAUGAGGUUCUCGCCGUGUCCAGGAAGAUCGUGUUGCGGGUGGAGGAUCUGGUGCGCUGGUCGUGCGUGGAGCCGACCGGUUGGAGCGUCGAGACGAAUCUAGAGACGCCAGCGUGCGGGACGAACAGGCUCCUCAAAUCUCUGCAGAGCAACAACAACAUCACAAACAACAAGAUGAGCGAGCCACUCCGAGACAGAGAUGACAAUGAGCAGUCGGACAGUCACAGCGUCAGAAUCCUCAGCUACCCGCAGUACUGCCGCUUCCGCUCGCUGCAGAGACGCAUCCAAGACGGAGCGAGGGGGGCGGUGCUGCAGGACCUCCACCUGCUCGCUCUGGGCGGAGUCAAAGCGCUGCCGAGCACUCGACUGAUGUACUGCAGAGACACCUUCAGCCACCCGACACUGGAGAACAACGCUAGCUUCUCCUGGCAGUUCAGAUGUCCGUCUCUCAGUCUGCGAGGGCGACCUCGCAAGAGGAGAGGACGAGACGGCAAAGAGUCGCCCACCUCCGGCCAAUCAGAGUCCUGGAUCGACAGGAUGAAGGAGAAUGUGAUGGGCAGCGUGGAGGCGGGCUGUGAGGGCGGCUGGCUCCCUCACCCUGAAGAGCAGCUGUUCCUCGAUCAGCUGUUCACCUUCAUGGACCGGAGCGGCUCGCCGAUCCACAAAGUGCCCAACCUGGGCUUCAAGAAGAUCGACCUCUUCCUCAUGUACUCCGUGGUGAAGAGACUGGGAGGUUAUAAAAAGGUGACUAACGAUCGUCUGUGGAAGGUGGUCUAUAACGAGUUGGGAGGAUGUCCCGGCAGCACCAGCGCCGCUACGUGCACCAGGAGACACUACGAGAGGCUGAUGCUUCCUUACGAGGAGCACCUCCGAGCAGCAGGAGGAGGAGGAGGAGGAGGAAGGCAGGAAGCCGCUUCAGAGAGGAAGAAAACAGGAGCCAAAGCCAAGGAGAAGAAGACGACCGCUCCUCCUCAACCUCAGAUAGUGAACCCAAACGGCGCCAUGGUGGUGAAGCGUGGUCGAGGUCGGCCGCCCGGAACACGCAACAAGGCCACGCUGAUCGCUCAGGCUAAGCUGCUAGCUCAGCAGCAGGCUAAAGCUAAAGGAGCAGCAGAGUGUCAGCAGCAGCUGCUUCCAGCCAGAGCUGCAGGAGGAGGCGGAGACAGCAGCACGCACAGGCCCAUCCAGCCGGUCAUCCUGACCCACAACAUGCCCCUGACCCCUGACCUCUCCCCCCUGUCCGCCCCCUUCCUCCCCUUCCAGCCCAAACUGAAGGAUCUGAAGACGGAGCGCGGGGAGUCUGCAGCUCCCACCGUCCUCCUCUCCACGCUGCCUCGGCACUUUGUGGGCGGAGCUCUGGGAGGGUUCAGCCCCAUCAAAGGGGUGUGUCCUCUAGACGUCUUCAGAAACCGUAUCAGCCUGCAGAGGGGUCCGGAGAGUCCCGCUCUGACCCCUCAGGACCCCAACCAGCACCUCCCCACCAUCUUCACCCUGCAGCCCAAAACGGGAAGUCCGGAUUCCCCCCAUCCAAGCACGGACCGGACGCCGCCUCAGCCCCACCCCAGCUGCACCGGUUGCAGUGCGGACGACGGGGCCCAGAGAGGGGGAGGCCGGGAAGCAAGGACCCGACCCCCUCUGCCCCCCCUCAGGGUCCUUCCUCUGAACCUGGACUGCAGCGUCCAGGUGUGUCAGCUGAUGAGGACUCGUCUGGGCUCGUCUCAGUUCCAGACCUUCACCCGCCGCCUCUCUGAGGCCCUGUCCCAGGACCUGAGCCCCAAGCCCCCCUGCUCCCCCAUCACGCCCCCCCCAGAGCAGGCCCUUCCCCUCAACCUCAGCAAACGCUUCCCCGCCAAGAGAGCUGCCACGGAUGGACCAGAGCCCAGUCCAACAGCUGUCAACGGGACCUCAGACCAGCACAUGUCCAAGAAACCAAGACUCAGCACCCAGACCCAGGACCUCAGCCCGGGGACCAGACCGGCUCUGCAGGAGGAGAAGAAGGAGAGCAGGAUGUGGAGAUGA